AAUUGCCAGUAGAAUUAAACACUGCAUCAUCAUGGGCCGCCUGGACGGGAAAGUCAUUGUGUUGUCAGCAGGAGCCCAGGGCAUUGGAAGAGCUGCAGCCAUUGUAAUUUUUACUUAAUUUACCUUUCACCACACCGCUAGGCUACAUUUGCUAAACAAAUAUACACUGAGUGUACAAUACAUUAGGAACACCUUAAUGAGUUGCACCCCCUUUUGCCCUCAGAACAGCCUCAAUUCGUCGGGGCAUGGACUUUACAAGGUGUUGAAAGCGUUCCACAGGGAUGCUGGCCCAUGUUGACUCCAAUGCUUCCCACAGUUGUGUCAAGUUGGCUAGAUGUCCUUUGGGAGAGGACCAUUCUUGAUACACACAGAAAACUGUUGAGCAUGAAAAACCCUGCAGUGUUGCAGUUCUUGACACACUCAAACCGGUGUGCCUGGCACCCACUACCAUACCCCGUUCAAAGGCACUUAAAUAUUUUGUCUUGCCCAUUCACCCUCUGAAUAGCACACAUACACAAUCCAUGACUCGAGGCUUAAAAUUACUUCUUUAACUUGUCUCCUCCCCUUCAUCUACACACUGAUUUGAAGUGGAUGUAACAAGUGACAUCAAUAAGGGACCAUACCUUUCACCUAGAUUCAUCUGGUCAGUCUGUCAUGGAAAGAGCAGGUGUUUCUAAUAUUUUGUAUACUCAGUGUAGAUAUGGUGAAUUUGAUUGUUAAGGCUCUCAGAAACACCCUCUAUGACGGGGGUCGGCAACAGGCAGCCCACGUGCCAAAUUCGGCCCAUGAGCGUUUUUAUUAGGUCCCCCAAAGACUGUAACCAAGAAUUCAGGAUUUUAAAAAUCCAUUCCAAAGUAUUCCCACAAAUAGAGACCUAUGUGAUCAUGUCUCAAUCAAGGUAUGACAUUCUUGUAUCUAUUUGGGUUUACUUGCAGUCAAUUUACAGUGUACAAAUUAUUAUAAUUAUGUUCUGGCCCGCUAAACCUAGUUGCCUACUCCUGCUCUAAGAGUUGUAUAAUGAUGUAAAGUAUUCAUUUGAACAUUUUACUGAUAUUUUGUGUGAACUGUGAAUAACCAUGAAAGUAAUAUUCUGUCAUUUUAACUGUAGGCCUUUGCCAAAGAAGGAGCUCAAGUCACCGCAACAGAUAUCAAUGGAGAAAAGCUGAAGGAACUGGAUGGCCACCCUGGUACAGUUUAUUUGUGUUUACUACCGUCAUUUACUGGGCAUCCUGAGAAUUAAGGAGUGCCCUUCAUUCAUUUCAAAUCUUAAAAUACAUCAAGACAUCAAUUUGUAUGCAAUACCCCUAGUACACCCCAAUGAACGUUUCUAUUCUAGUUGGUGUAGAUUUAACAUUUAUGUUUUACUUAAGUUGAUAAAAAGUUGCUUGAAUAUUUCCUAAAUGUGUUACAGAGCUAGUGUAGUAUUUGCUCAGCUACUCACUUUUUCUAUUUUUCCUGGUGUUUAAAGGUGCAAUCUGUGUUCAUACAAUAACAGAGUAGGAUCCCUGCCACUGUUUUGGUAAACUGCUGAAGGAUGGGGCUGGAGAAAUGUAACCACUCUCAGAUUCAUAGGAGCUAUGUAAGGACUGACCAUCCAUGAUAUCAAAAGUAUAGUUUUAAAGUUUUAACCAUGUUUGUUUACAAUUACAUUCUUUACAAACAAUAGAGUAAAACAAGCUUAUGUUUUGGGUUCUGAUGGGGUAUCUAUAUUAUACCGUAAGCCACAAAAUUGCAGCGGGAUCUCCUACAAUUUUGCUUUGACUUGCUUCAUUUUAGGCUCAAAAGAAGCAUGUUGUCCGGGGAAAUGCCACUGGCCACUUUUUUGGGAUUUGAAUUGCACUCACACAUUUUCUAACUUUUAUUUUAAAUAAAAAAGGGGGUAAAGAUGGGUAAAAGCUGGAAGGGUUGACUCUGGCUUGAACCCCGGUCUCUGGCGGGUUGCAUAUGUGAUGAGCACAGGGAGAGUUACCACUCAGCCACAGCUCUGCAAACCCAGCUAAAUUUUAAACCAAAUAAUUGUUCAAUAUUGCAAACAUAGGGUGACAUUUUGCGUGAGCAAAAUAACCAUAAUGUUUUAAAUAAACGAGAAGUUGCAAAUAGCUUAUUAGCAGCCUGAACGUGUGCUUUGGAGUGGGGGCUAUUGAGUGAACGGUUCUGUGAUGGUUCCAGUCCACAAAUAUGAAAUUGCAUUGAAUCAGAUUAAUCAGAUCCAUUGAUUUACCAUCCGUAGGGCAGGGUGCCACGAAGUUAUAUUCUUAAAGAAUCAAUGGAUAGGAUAUGUAAAUUAAUUUAAAAGUGCAAAAUUGAUGUACCAUUUGCAGAUUGCCCCUGUAAGUUAUUAACGCUUACCUUUUAGGAUAGCAGAACACUGGUAUUGUCAAAGGCUGCAUUAAAACAAUAUUCAUGGUUUUAUCUCAAACCAUGCUCUUUAAGUGUAAGGGGUAGUUGUAUAUUUUCAGGGGUUACUAACUGCUCUUAUUACAAUACAUUCCAAUGCUUAAAUGCAUUUAUAUGACAUGUGCAGUGAUCACAGUACCUUAUACCCAACCAUGCCUAUGGUUGAGGCAUGGUUGUUUGGUUAUGGUAGAUAUUCCUCUCAUAGUGAGUGACUUAAAAGGGACAGUGUACCGCUUCCUUCCGUGCAUGUUAAACCUCCCACACCUACUAAUCUAUUAAAGAGAUGCAGCGGGAUCCUCCAAACGAUGUCAGUAUUUUUCAAACCUCACAAUUUGGACUCCAGAUGCAUUAUAUACCAUCUGGAGUCAUGUCCUAGUGGAUAAAGCUACUCAAUCCUUACAUCGCAAGCCUUACAUUCAAACCUUACAUCUCAACAUUUCAUGCCUGUGCCCUACACGUUCGUUCCUUCCAUUUUGUGGCCGCGCUCUGAAGGUACACUGGGUUGCCCACAUGCUUAGAUAUUUUUGAUAACAGCGAGAAUAAAUGGAUCAAAGGAAUGCAACAGAAGUUAGAAUGCAUUAGAUAUUAAAGUUACAUCUAUAGUAUACCACCCCGUGGGCCUGAAAGUAAAAAAAGGCUAAAUAAAUAUAUAAUUGGUUUGUAUGUGUGGGGCUUUAGCUGAGAUUGUUCUUUAGAGCCAAGUAUAUUAUGUCAAGGCCUCAAUUGUUCCUUGAUUAGCACCAUUCAUUCUCACUGUCGAUAAUUCUGUUAUAACUUCUAAUAGUAACUGUAUCCACUGGUUUAAAUGGGAGAGGGUGAGGUGAUUGACAUCUUAGAGCCCAACAUUUAUUUUUUCAUCACAGCUGCCUGCCAGCAGUAAUCUUCUUUGAUUGAGAGAUUUAAGGAGCUAUCAUCGUUAAGUAACAUAAUAUAUGCAAAGCAUUGAAUAUUUAAAUUCAUGCACUUCGAAAUGAAUUUUAACUUUGCCCCAGAAGGAUUUAACUGCAGGGCACUCCCACAUCAUAUUAAGGAAUGUGCCUACCUGAUUUAGGGGACACAGUGGACAGUUGGGAGUUGGGGCCAAUUUCAUCGUAAAAGUUUAAAUUAAUGGUUCGGAUUACGGGAUGCCAAGGUCAUAUUUUUCCAUAUUCUGUUCCAGUUAAAGGGUUGUUCUGAUUCAAUUAGAUUUACAUUUUAGUCAUUUAGCAGACACUCUUAUCCAGAGUGACUUACAGGAGCAAUUAGGGUUAAGUGCCUUGCUCAAGGGCACAUUGACAGAUUUUUCACCUAGUCGGCUCGGGGAUUAGAACCAGCGACCUUUCGGUUACUGGCACAACGCUCUUAACCACUAAGCUACCUGCUGCCCCAGUAUGUUGAACAUACUUUUUUUUAUGGCUAGCUCAUAAUGAGCUUUCCAAAAGUUUAUCUAUUAUAGCGAUCAGUUCUUUUGGGAGCCUAGAGUUUAUUUAUAAAUCCCAUAAUUGGAUGGUUUGGUAGUUUGGUUUCCCAAGGGUCUCCAUAGGCCAGCAUAGCUGACCUAAGUUGUAAAUAUAGAAAAAAAGCAAUUGCCUGGUAAUGUGUAUGUAUCUUUCAAAUUUUGGAAGGUUCUCAAACCAUUGCUGUCCAUGAUAUCGGCAAGUGUACAGAUUCCAUGUCUCCUGAGUGGCGCAGUGGUCUAAGGCACUGCAUCGCAGUGCUAACUGUGCCACUAGAUCCUGGUUCGAAUGCAGGCUCUGUCGCAGCCGGCCGUGACCGGGAGACUCAUGGGCGGCGCACAAUUGGCCCAGCGUCAUCCAGGGUAGGGGAGGGUAUGGCCGGCAGGGAUGUAGCUCAGUUGAUAGAGCAUGGCGUUUGCAACGGGGGGCCAGUAUAAAAAAAUAAAUGUAUUCACUAACUGUAAGUCGCUCUGGAUAAGAGCGUCUGCUAAAUGACUAAAAAUGUAAAUGUAAUUCCACAUUUGGACCAUUGAGGGGAUGCAAAAGGCCGCCCUCUAGAUCGCAAGGCAUUAUUGUGAAAUAUUGGGAGUAUGUAUGGGCAUGCCGUUUUGAUUCCAAGUUACAGUGUUUUUCAAUUGUGUGCCAAUUAGAAAUUGUGUAAGCAAUAAUGGGACAAAAGCGUAGUUUACAUUGUUUAAGGGAAAUAUCAGUGAAGACCACCUCUUCCUUGGCAAUAGGAGACACCAUAUUUAUCUCUAUACUCAGCCAGGGGGCAGAAGAAUCAUGUCUAAACCAAUUUAGGAUGGGGCGAAAUGCUAGUGCCUGGAAAUACGUCUUUCCCUCUGUAAAUGUGUUAAUUUUAUUCGGGAUCGUUUACCUUGCCAUAUACAGUGGAUUCGGAAAGUGUUCAGAAGCCUUGACUCUUUCCACAUUUUGUUACAUUACAGCCUUAAUCUAAAAUUGAUUAAAUCAUUUUUUCCCCUCGUCAAUCUACAGACAAUACCCCAUAAUGACAAAGCAAUGACAGGUUUUUUGAAAUUUUAGCAAAUGUAUACAAAUAAAACCCCCGGAAAUAUCACAUUUACAUAAGUAUUCAGUCCAUUUACUCAGUGUUGAAGCACCUUUGGCAGCGAUUACAGCCUUGAAUCUUCUUGGGUAUGAUGCUACAAGUUUGGCACACCUGUAUUUGGGGAGUUUCUCCCAUUCUUCUCUACAGAUCCUCUCAAGCUCUGUCAGGUUGGAUGCGGAGCGUCGCUGCACAGCUAUUUUCAGGUCUCUCUAGAGAUGUUCGAUCAGGUUCAAGUCCGGGUUCUGGCUGGCCACUCAAGGACAUUCAGAGACUUGUCCCGAAGCCACUCCUGCGUUGUCUUGGCUGUGUGCUGUGGCAAUAUAUUCAUUUGACAAUAGAUAAUAUGCUGGUUAAAGCAACUGGGAUAUUAUUCCAUCUACUGAGGUUGAUUUUGAAUAUUCUGUUAAAGUUUCUGGCAAUGGUUUUAUCGAAGGAAGGGAAUAUAUGGGUCUUUCUAUAAAUAAUGGGGCCGAUGUGUGACAUUGGGAUCAACAUUUCUAAAUGGUUUGAAACUAAAAUAACAAUUAUUUUCAAGCAGUUCCACGUGUGUACUUGCAAAUUGGCCCAUAACUCCACCUAUAUACAGCCUAGAACUAUACAUCCUUUAAGCAGGGUUCAUACAGACAUUGACAAGUCAAAUUCAAGGACUUUCAGAGACCUUUUCAAGCACUUAAUUGUAAUUCAAGGACCUCAAUGUUAACAUUUACAUUUACAUCAUUUAGCAGACGCUCUUAUCCAGAGCGACUUACAAAUUGGUGCAUUCAACUUAUGAUAGCCAGUGGGACAACCACUUAAUUUAUUUUUAUUGGGGGGAGGGGGGAGGGAGGGGUAGAAGGAUUACUUUUAUACUAUUCCAGGUAUUCCUUAAAGAGGUAGGGUUUCAAGUGUCUCCGGAAGGUGGUCAGUGACUCCGCUGUCCUGGCGUAGUGGGGGAGCUUGUUCCACCAUUGGGGUGCCAGAGCAGCGAAUAGCUUUGACUGGGCUGAGCGGGAACUGUGCUUCCGUAGAGGUAGGGGGGCUAGCAGGCCAGAGGUGGAUGAACGUAGUGCCCUCGUUUGGGUGUAGGGUCUGAUCAGUGCCUGAAGGUAAGGAGGUGCCGUUCCCUUCACAGCUCCGUAGGCAAGCACCAUGGUCUUGUAGUAGAUGCAAGCCUCAACUGGAUCCCGUGGAGUGUGCGGAGGCGCGGGGUGACAUGAGAGAACUUGGGAAGGUUGAACACCAGGCGGGCUGCAUCGUUCUGGAUAAGUUGUAGGGGUUUAAUGGCACAGGCAGGGAACCCAGCCAACAGCGAGUUGCAGUAAUCCAGACGGGAGAUGACAAGUGCCUGGAUUAGGACCUGUGCCGCUUUCUGUGUGAGGUAGGGUCGUACUCUGCGAAUGUUGUAGAGCAUGAACCUGCAGGAUCAGGUCACCGCUUUGAUGUUAGCGGAGAACAACAGGGUGUUGUCCAGGGUCACGCCAAGGUUCUUUGCACUCUGGGAGGAGGACACAAUGGAGUUGUCAACCGUGAUGGCGAGAUCAUGGAGCGGGCAGUCCUUCCCCGGGAGGAAGAGCAGCUCCGUCUUGCCGAGGUUCAGCUUGAGGUGGUGAUCCGUCAUCCACACUGAUAAGUCUGCCAGACAUGCAGAGAAGCGAUUUGCCACCUGGUUAUCAGAAGGGGGAAAGGAGAAAAUUAAUUGUGUGUCGUCUGCGUAGCAAUGAUAGGAGAGACCAUGUGAGGAUAUGACAGAGCCAAGUGACUUGGUGUAUAGGGAGAAUAGGAGAGGGCCUAGAACUGAACCCUGGCGGACACCAGUGGUGAGAGCACGUGGUGCGGAGACAGAUUCUCGCCACGCCACCUGGUAAGAGCGACCUGUCAGGUAGGACGCAAUCCAAGAGUGAGCAGCGCCGGAGAUGCCCAACUCGGAGAGGGUGAAGAGGAGGAUCUGAUGGUUCACAGUAUCAAAGGCAGCAGAUACAGUGGGGAGAACAAGUAUUUGAUACACUGCCAAUUUUGCAGGUUUUCCUACUUACAAAGCAUGUAGAGGUCUGUAAUUUUUAUCAUAGGUACACUUCAACUGUGAGAGACGGAAUCUAAAACAAAUUGCAUGACAUAAGUAUUUGAUACAUCAGAAAAGCAGAACUUAUUUAUAUUUGGUACAGAAACCUUUGUUUGCAAUUACAGAGAUCAUAUGUUUCCUGUAGGUCUUGACCAGGUUUGCACACACUGCAGCAGGGAUUUUGGCCCACUCCUCCAUACAGACCUUCUACAGAUCCUUCAGGUUUCGGGGCUGUCGCUGGGCAAUACGGACUUUCAGCUCCCUCCAAAUAUUUUCUAUUGGGUUCAGGUCUGGAGACUGGCUAGGCCACUCCAGGACCUUGAGAUGCUUCUUACGGAGCCACUCCUUAGUUGCCCUGGCUGUGUGUUUUCGGGUCGUUGUCAUGCUGGAAGACCCAGACACGACCCAUCUUCAAUGCUCUUACUGAGGGAAGGAGGUUGUUGGCCAAGAUCUCGCGAUACAUGGCCCCAUCCAUCCUCCCCUCAAUACGGUGCAGUCGUCCUGUCCCCUUUGCAGAAAAGCAUCCCCAAAGAAUGAUGUUUCCACCUCCAUGCUUCACGGUUGGGAUGGUGUUCUUGGGGUUGCACUCAUCCUUCUUCUUCCUCCAAACACGGCGAGUGGAGUUUAGACCAAAAAGCUCUAUUUUUGUCUCAUCAGACCACAUGACCUUCUCCCAUUCCUCCUCUGGAUAAUCCAGAUGGUCAUUGGCAAACUUCAGACGGGCCUGGACAUGCGCUGGCUUGAGCAGGGGGACCUUGCGUGCGCUGCAGGAUUUUAAUCCAUGACGGCGUAGUGUGUUACUAAUGGUUUUCUUUGAGACUGUGGUCCCAGCUCUCUUCAGGUCAUUGACCAGGUCCUGCCGUGUAGUUCUGGGCUGAUCCCUCACCUUCCUCAUGAUCAUUGAUGCCCCACGAGGUGAGAUCUUGCAUGGAGCCCCAGACCGAGGGUGAACUUCUUCCAUUUUCUAAUAAUUGCGCCAACAGUUGUUGCCUUCUCACCAGCUGCUUGCCUAUUGUCCUGUAGCCCAUCCCAGCCUUGUGCAGGUCUACAAUUUUAUCCCUGAUGUCCUUACACAGCUCUCUGGUCUUGGCCAUUGUGGAGAGGUUGGAGUCUGUUUGAUUGAGUGUGUGGACAGGUGUCUUUUUAUACAGGUAACGAGUUCAAACAGGUGCAGUUAAUACAGGUAAUAAGUGGAGAACAGGAGGGCUUCUUAAAGAAAAACUAACAGGUCUGUGAGAGCCGGAAUUCUUACUGGUUGGUAGGUGAUCAAAUACUUAUGUCAUGCAAUAAAAUGCAAAUUAAUUACUUAAAAAUCAUACAAUGUGAUUUUCUGGAUUUUUGUUUUAGAUUCCGGCUCUCACAGUUGAAGUGUACCUAUGAUAACAAUUACAGACCUCUACAUGCUUUGUAAGUAGGAAAACCUGCAAAAUCGGCAGUGUAUCAAAUACUUGUUCUCCCCACUGUAGGUCUAGAAGGAUAAGAGCAGAGGAGAGAGAGUUAGCUUUAGCAGUGCGGAGAGCCUCCGUGACACAGAGAAGAGCAGUCUCAGUUGAAUGACCAGUCUUGAAACCUGACUGGUUUGGAUCAAGAAGGUCAUUCUGAGAGAGAUAGCAGGAGAGUUGGCUAGAGAUGGCACGCUCAAGAGUUUUGGAGAGAAAAGAAAGAAGGGAUACUGGUCUGUAGUUGUUGACAUCGGAGGGAUCGAGUUUAUGUUUUUUGAGGAGGGGUGCAACUCUCGCUCUCUUGAAGGGUGAGGUAAGGGAGAAGGUCUCUGGAAAUGGUCUGGAGAAGAGAGGAGGGGAUAGGGUCAAGCGGGCAGGUUGUUGGGCGGCCGGCCGUCACAAGUCGCAAGAUUUCAUCUGGAGAGAGAGGGGAGAAAGAAGUCAAAGCAUAGGGUAGGGCAGUGUGAGCAGGACCAGCGGUGUCAUUUGACUUAAUAAAUGAGGAUCGGAUGUCAUCAACCUUCUUUUCAAAAUGGUUGACAAAGUCAUCCACAGAGAGGGAGGAGGGAGGGGGAGGAGGAGGAGGAUUCAGCAGGGAGGAGAAGGUGGCAAAGAGCUUCCUAGGGUUAGAGGCAGAGGCUUGAAAUUUAGAGUGGUAGAAAGUGGCUUUAGCAGCGGAAACAGAGGAAGAGAAUGUAGAGAGGAGGGAGUGAAAAGAUGACAGGUCCGCUGGGACUCUAGUUUCCAUUUCCGCUUGGCUUCCCGGAGCCCUGUUCUGUGAGCUCGCAAUGAGUCGUCAAGCCACGGAGCAGGAGGGGAGGACCGAGCCGGCCGGGAGUAUAGGGGACAUAGAGAGUCAAAAGAUGCAGAAAGGGAGGAGAGGAGGGUUGAGGAGGAAGAAUCAGGAGAUCGGAGGGAGAAGGAUUUAGCAGAGGGAAGAGAUGAUAGGAUGGAAGAGGAGAGUAGCGGGAGAGAGAGCGAAGGUUGCGACGGCACAUUACCAUCUGAGUAGGGGCAGAUUGAGUAGUGUUGGAGGAGAGCGAGAGAGAAAAGGAUACAAAGUAGUGGUCGGAGACUUGGAGGGGAGUUGCAGUGAGAUUAGUAGAAGAACAGCAUUUAGUAAAGAUGAGGUCAAGCGUAUUGCCUGCCUUGUGAGUAGGGGGGGACGGUGAGAGGGUGAGCUCAAAAGAGGAAAGAAGGAGGCAGAGAGAAAUGAGUCAAAGGCAGACGUAGGGAGGUUAAAGUCAUCCAGAACUGUGAGUGGUGAGCCAUCCUCAGGAAAGGAACUUAUCAAGGCGUCAAGCUCAUUGAUGAACUCUCCAAGGGAACCUGGAGGGCGAUACAUGAAAAGGAUUUUAAGCUUGAAUGGGCUAGUGACUGUGACAGCAUGGAAUUCAAAUGAGGAGAUAGACAGAUGGGUCAGGGGAAAAAGAGAGAAUGUCCACUUGGGAGAGAUGAGGAUUCCUGUGCCACCGCCACGCUGACCAGAUGCCCUCGGGGUAUGCGAGAACACAUGAUCAGACGAGGAAAGAGCAGUAGGAGUAGCAGUGUUUUCUGUGGUAAUCCAUGUUUCCAUCAGCGCCAAGAAGUCGAGGGACUGGAGGGUAGCAUAGGCUGAGAUGAACUCUGCCAUGUUGGCCGCAGAACGGCAGUUCCAGAGUCUGCCGGAGACCUGGAACUCCACGUGGGUCGUGCGCCCAGGGAUUUUUGGGGUUAGUUUUGACAGUUUGAGAGAGUACGUCGUCAACUUAUUCAGCCAGUUCUUUAGCUAGCUAGAAUAGUUAGCAUAUUAGCUAGCCAUUGCUCUCUGUCAACGAACCAACCCCUCCUCCCGCGGUAUGAAACACACAGAGAGAGCCAAGCUAACGUUAACUAGUCACCCAUGUCUUGAAUUCCUUUUGAACGACUCUGGUUACCAGUAUGUAAAAAUAAAUUUAAAAUAAAUGUAGGUUAUAACUUACCCUUAGUAGCUACUGUUAGCUAGUUACGUGUAAAGCUAGCUACUGAAUCGAUUUAGCCAGUUCGCGUCUGUUAUACAUUUGUAUAAUUUAUAUAAUUGUACAUAUAGGACCUAAUACAUCCCCCCCCCCACCCCCAACCAACCACACACAGACACACACUUUAAUCAUAUUUUUUUAUGCCUUGCCAAUGUAUUGAUAUUUAGUGGCGGUCGGUGCCAUUUAAGUUGGCUUUAUUUCUAUUACAGCAUAUUGGAUGACAGUCAUUCAUAUUCCAUUCAAUGUAACAUCGAUAGGUUUAGGCUACUACAUGAUACUCUAAUUUUCUCUGUACCCGUCAUGAGGUUGCUACAACCUAGCCUAUGAAUGAAUGUUUACAAUGUGUGUGUAUAUAUAAGUUUACACACGUCGAGAAUGUUGAGUAAUCAAGGUGACAGACAGUGACACAUUCAAUACUGCCUUGCACGCUCUUGCCUGCAUCUAGCUGAUCUAGUGUGUAAUCAUUAGUCCAACAGUUGCAAAUCAGAGUUUCUAUUGGACAAAUUCAGGUAUGUUUAUCUCCGUUUCGUUCUGUUUAAGAAACGUUUUUCAACAGUCGGUGGAAUGAAUACACCCCUGAUCACAUGCAAACACAGUUCACUUUCAUAGCAGCCACAUAAAACAGCAUGAUCACUUUGGUCGUUGUAUAUAUAAUUUUUUCUCGCAACUAUCUACACACUGUCCUCCUCACCUUUUCCCUUCACUUGUGGACUUCCGUGCACAACACAUCAGCUGUCUGUGACCAGGCGAAAAAACCUUUCCAAGCCAAACCUUCAUACACUAUAUAUACAAAAGUAUGUGGACACCCCUUCAAAUUAGUGGAUUUGGCUAUUUCAGCCACACCCGUUGCUGAAAAGUGUAUAAAAUCGAGCACACAGCCAUGCAAUCUCCAUAGACAAACAUUGGCAGUAGUAUGGCCUUACGGAAGAGCUCAGUGACAUUCAACGUGGCACCUUUCCAACAAGUCAGUUUGUCAAAUUUCUGCCCUGCUAGAGCUGCCCCAGUCAACUACAAGUGCUGUUAUUGUGAAGUGGAAACAUAUAGGAUCAACAACAGCUCAGCCGCAACGUGGUAGGCCACACAAGCUAACAGAACAGGACUGCUGAAGCGCGUAGCGCGUAAAAAUUGUCUGUCACCGGUUGCAACACUCACUACCAAGUUACAAACUGCCUCUGGAAGCAACGUCAGCACAAUAACUGUUCGUCGGCAGCAUCAUGAAAUGGGUUUCCAUGGCCGAGCAGCCCCACACACGCCUAAAAUCACAAUGCGCUGGAGUGGUGUAAAGCUUGCCGCCAUUGGACUCUGGAGCAGUGGAAACGCGUUCUGUGGAGUGAUGAAUCACGCUUCACCAUCUGGCAGUCCGACGGACUGGGUUUGGCGGAUGCCAGGAGAACGAUACCUGCCCGAAUGCAUUGUGCCAACUGUAAAGUUAGGUGGAGGAGGAAUAAUGGUCUGGGACUGUUUUUCAUAGUUUGGGCUAGGCCCCUUAGUUCCAGUGAAGGGAAAUCUUAAUGCUACAGCAUACAAUGACAUUCUAACGAUUCUGUGCUUCCAACUUUGUGGCAACAGUUUGGGGAAGGCCCUUUCCCGUUUCAGCAUCACAGUGCCCCCGUGCACAACGCGAGGUCCAUACAGAAAUGGUUUGUCAAGAUCGGUGUGGAACAACUUGAAUGGCCUGCACAGAGCCCUGACCUCAACCCCAUCGAACACCUUUGGUAUGAAUUGGAACGCCGACUGCGAGCCAGGCCUAAUCGCCCAACAUCAGUGCCCAACCCUACUAAUGCUCUUGUUGCUGAAUGGAAGCAAGUCCCUACAGCAAUGUUCCAACAUCUAGUGGAAAGCCUUCCCGGAAGAGUGGUUGCUGUUAUAGCAGCAAAGGGGGGGACCAACACCAUAUAAAUGCCCAUGCUUUUGGAAUGAGAUGUUCGACGAGCAGGUGUCCACAUACUUUUGGUAAUGUAGUGUAUCAUGACCGCUAACUGCUACACACAGCCUACAUCAUUGUCAUGUCAUAGUCAACAUAGCUACUAAAACUAACGCGUUAGUAAACCUGCCACAAUCAUGCAGUACAGUCAGAAAGCAGUUUAGCAGUUACACCGGCGGGUCCCAGUGACAAUAAAUUAAUAAAACCAAAAGCUUACCUUGGCAUACAGUGUUGGAUAGCCAUAGCCAGCUAGCUAACAUGGCAUCCCUAUCUGUUUGAGUAAACUAAACUAGCUAGCUGCAUUAGCUAGCAAAGUGAAAGUAAAAAAAAUAUAAAUAAAUAUAUAUAUAUAUAUAAAUAUAUAUAUAUAUUGUGACGUCACGAGAGGCUACACAGCUUUCAGCGGGAUUGCUCAAGUAGUGCAAGGAGACAAGGUUCAAACAAAACAAGGAUUUUAUUAAAGGUCUUGGGAAAUUAACGAAAAUAUAACAAAAUUCUGUUCUCUUGUGGCUCUUUAAGGGUUAACAGUUCAGGGAUGUCUCUUCCACAUCCAAAAUCAUAAUUCUCACUCGCUCAGAUAACUUUUCCCCAGCCUUACUGUAGUCCACGUUGCAGCUAGUGGCCAACCCAGCAAAAAGUCCUUCCAAAUGUCUCUCACGUAUUUCCACAGGCGAAUAUAUCCAAAGGUGAGUAUUUCCCAAAGGUAAGUAUCUCCAAAUCCUUAUAUUCCUCAUGGAAGUGGACGUGCAGCACUCUUGUCCUCCAGAGAGCCCAGGUUGGAGACUGUGUUUCUUCACCACCUGCACACCCACCCUCAGUGUGUCUCUUCCCUUCAAAAACCUUCAGCUCAUCAGCUCCUGAUUUGUUUCAGCUGCGUGGGAAGAUUGGCCAUAGAGGGGUGGAGUUCCCGACCAUACCAGCAGAUGGAGCCAUAGCUGUCUGGGUUUGCAGCCAUCUCAGGGGGAUGUAACGUCCCUCCAGGACACAGCCUCUCGUGACAUCACACAUCCCCCUCCUCGGGACCGACGUCCUCGUCGGGGUAAAGGCAGCGAAGAAGGCAUCACGCCGGGAGAGGGCGUCCGCAUUGCCGUGGUGCUUGCCAGCCCAUACUGGCCUGUGAGAGGGGGAAGCUCUUGGGUGCCUGGGACGUCUUCUUCCCUGGAGAACGGAGCACUUUCCUGGGCUGCGUUCUCUUCUCCCGUAUCCGGACCAGUCUCUGUGUCGGUCUGGGCACCUGCCAUCCCUAUCAGAGCCUCUCCGUUUCCGAGGUACUCGGGUUAUCCUCUCCUGAGACUCUCUCCAGAGUGGGUAAAAGGCUGGGCAGUCUCGUCCAAUUAGGACAGGGACGGGGAGGGAAUCAACCACCCCCGCCGUCGUGUGUAUGGUUCCCCGUGUGCUGGUCAUUGUAAGUUCAGUAAUGGGGUAUUCUCUGGUGUCUCCAUGGACACAGGAAACUGGGAGGACUUUCCCCGGGGUCAGACACGUUGGGCCCACCAAAUCCUUACGCACCAGGGUGGCCCGGCUACCAGAAUCUAGUAAGGCCUCCACAUCAUGGUGAUUCACAGUUACCGGGCAGGUGGGGGGUCGAUCUGGGCCGCCAUCUACGACUCCCAAGAGCGAGGCAAAACGGUGUGUGGGUGCUGAGCUGGAGGACUCCGCAGUGGGCAUAGGUUCAUCGGCUGGUUUCCCACACUGCCAGGAGAUAUGUCCCAUCUCCCCACACCGGUAACACUGUCGAGUUUCCCCCUCCUGGUGUACUCUUCUUGGACCCGCCUGGUUUCUGGCUCCCCCUGGAGCCGGGAUAAGUCCUGACGUGGCUGGGUUCGAGACCUUGGGGUCCUUUGGACGGGUUCUUCCCAUUUGUGGUGGGGGCGCACUCCUGGGGUCUUUUCGGGAAGCAUUCAGCAUCUCCGCUGUGGCCUGGUACUUUUCCACAGCUUCCACGGUCAGAUCAGCCGUGGUCAAGGCCUGUUGACUGAUGAACCGUUUUGCCUCAUAAGGCAGGGCGCGUAGGUAACGAUCCACCACAACGGCCUCCACCACCGCCGCUGCUGUAUUCCUCUGCGGAUCCAGCCAUUUCCUUGCGAUUCGGACAAGUUCAUGCAUCUGCGCCCGAGGAGGUUGGUCUGGUUGGAAGGUCCAGCUGUGAAAGCGCUGGGCCAUACCAAACUUUGUGAGUCCAUAUCUGCUGAGGAUCUCAGACUUCAGGGCAUCAUAGUCAGUAACCUGGUCAGGGCCCAGGUCCCGGACAGCAUUCAGCGAUUCCCCGGUUAGGACGGGGCUAACAGACCAACCCACUGUUGCUUGGGCCAGGCUUCCCUAGUGGCCGUGGCCUCAAAUGCAUGCAGGUAUGCCUCAAUGUCAUCGGUAGCUCCCAUCUUAGAUAUAAAGUCACUUGCCUUUAUUGGGCGGGUAUUUUGGACAACCAUCUGUCUCUGCAACUGCAAUUCCUCUGCCUUCAGAAGGUUGGCUUUCUUUUGCUCCUCCAAGAGAGCCACGUUUGCUUGCAUCUGGGCUUGCUGGCCAGCAACAAGGGCUUCCAAUAUGUCCUCCAUUUCAGUCGGCGGGGAGCCUACGGCCAACUUGGAAAACUGGGUGAUCAAACCUUCGGUAUCCUCCUCUGACAUGCACUAUUAACGCUUGAGCUUGCCCGUAUUCUCCACCAUCUGUGACGUCACGAGAGGCUACACAGCUUUCAGCGGGAUUGCUCAAGUAGUGCAAGGAGACAAGGUUCAAACAAAACAAGGAUUUUAUUAAAGGUCUUGGGAAAUUAACGAAAAUAUAACAAAAUUCUGUUCUCUUGUGGCUCUUUAAGGGUUAACAGUUCAGGGAUGUCUCUUCCACAUCCAAAAUCAUAAUUCUCACUCGCUCAGAUAACUUUUCCCCAGCCUUACUGUAGUCCACGUUGCAGCUAGUGGCCAACCCAGCAAAAAGUCCUUCCAAAUGUCUCUCACGUAUUUCCACAGGCGAAUAUAUCCAAAGGUGAGUAUUUCCCAAAGGUAAGUAUCUCCAAAUCCUUAUAUUCCUCAUGGAAGUGGACGUGCAGCACUCUUGUCCUCCAGAGAGCCCAGGUUGGAGACUGUGUUUCUUCACCACCUGCACACCCACCCUCAGUGUGUCUCUUCCCUUCAAAAACCUUCAGCUCAUCAGCUCCUGAUUUGUUUCAGCUGCGUGGGAAGAUUGGCCAUAGAGGGGUGGAGUUCCCGACCAUACCAGCAGAUGGAGCCAUAGCUGUCUGGGUUUGCAGCCAUCUCAGGGGGAUGUAACGUCCCUCCAGGACACAGCCUCUCGUGACAUCACAAUAUAUAUAUAUAUAUAUAUAUAUAUAUAUAUAUAUAUAUAUAUAUAUAUAUAUAUAUAUAUAGCUCUCUCGUGCUUCUCAUUAAUUUUGGAAGACAUUAAUUUGUUAAAAACGUUUAAAAUAUUAUCUCUCUCUUUGAGUCAACUACUCACCGCGUUCUAUGCACUGCAAUGCUAGCUAGCUGUAGCUUAUGCUUUCGGUACUAGAUUUAUUCUCUGAUCCUUUGAUUGGGUGGACAACAUGUCAGUUCAUGCUGCAAGAGCUCUGAUAGGUUGGAGGAUGUCCUCCGGAAGUUGUCAUAAUUACUGUGUAAGUCUAUGGAAGCGGGUGAGAACCAUGAGCCUCCUAGGUUGUGUUGAAGUCAAUGUACCCAGAGGAGAACAGAAGCAAUCUGUCAUGGUGCUACUCUACAGAGUGCUGCUGAGGCUACUGUAGACCUUCAUUGCAAAACGUUGUGUUUUAGUCAAUUAUUAGGUGACAUUAAUAUAUUUUAGUAUCGUUUUUGUACCCUGUAGCUCAGUUGGUAGAGCAUGGCGCUUGCAACGGCAGGGUUGUGGGUUCGUUUCCCACGGGGGGCCAGUAUGAAAAUGUAUGCACUCACUAAGUCGCUCUGGAUAAGAGCGUCUGCUAAAUGACUAAAAUGUAAAUGUUUUAUCUAAAAAGGAUACUUAUUUUGUUUCACAAUUUUUAUUUGUAUGAAAUUCACUGAGGAGGAUGGUCCUCCCCUUCCUCCUCUGAGGAGCCUCCACUGUAUUAAAAUUAUUACAUUCUAAAAUAUGUGAGAAUAAUGUGGACAUUGCCUGACUAAAUAGAUUGGAUGCAUGCAUGCCGAUUUUUCUGUAGCCGACGCAGGUACACAUAAUAAAGCCAUGAAUAGCGGUAGCAUUCAUCUCACCAUAACUGUUUUUAUGAGAAAGUGACCAAAAACCAGGUUCCUUUUUUAAUGGAAUGAUUUUUAUGGAAAGCCAAGUUGAAGCCAACAUUAGAUGUUGUCGUCCUCAUAAUAACCGCUUGUGGUUUUAACGCAACAGAGUAGCGCAACACCUGUCAAUUGAAGCGGUGUAAAAACAAACUAAAGUGGCCACAUAUCUCACAGAAACUGAUAAAAAAUGAAAUCACAGAUAAUUACAGAGGAGCAGGAGGACUUAGAAAUUGGCUACAAUAAUUACAAGGACUUUUCAAGCACCAAAUUGAGGAAAUGUCGGAUUUUCCAGGUGUAACAUGAUCUGGUAAUGAAAACAUGUAAUUUCAUUACCAGAUCAUAUUGUGAAUAAGCCCACUAGGCUAUGUAAUUUGUCAUUAUAUCCUGAAUAACUAAUAGGAAUAGAAUUGGGUAUUGCGCAAUCUAUCCUACACAACUGCGCACAGUAGACUGUCCAAUCCGAGGCACGAAAACAUGAGAGCAUGAACUCAGUACUCCUGCUAUAAAUCAAGCAGACCUUCAUACUGUAGACCUUCAUUGCAAAACGUUGUGUUUUAGUCAAUUAUUAGGUGACAUUAAUAUAUUUUAGUAUCGUUUUUGUACCCUGUAGCUCAGCUGGUAGAGCACGGCGCUUGUAACGCCAAGGUAGUGGGUUUGAUCCCCGGGACCACCCAUACACAAAAAUGUAUGCACGCAUGACUGUAAGUCGCUUUGGAUAAAAGCGUCUGCUAAAUGGCAUAUUAUAUUAUAUUAUUAUUGCCCAGUGUAGGAAAUCCUAACUGGUACCCUAGUGUAUAGAAGACCCCAAAUAUUUAAAAUGGGAAACCAUUGCGAUUCCAUAAGUAGAGAUCGAGUCCUCCAUCGGGGUCUUGAGAGGCAGGAGGGUUGAUUUGGUUAGAUUAAUUUUAUAACUGUGUUUGGUAGUGAUUGAGAUACAUGAUCUACAUAUAGUAAAAUAUCGUCUGAGUAUAAUGAGAUGAAGUGAUCAGUAGAUUUUAGGGAAAUUGGUGUUAUUUCCUUUGAUUGACGAAUUGCCUGGUCCAGGGGUUCCAUGGAUAAUAAAAUUGGAUUGCCAUGUCUGCUGCUUCUAGUGAUUCUGAACGGAGCAGAGCAGAUAUUGCCUUUUAUAACUAUGGCAUAUACAAUGCCUUCAGAAAGUAUUAAUACCAUUUGACUUAUUCCACAUUUUGUUGUGACAGCCUGAAUUCAAAAUGUAUUAAAUCAAGUUUUUUCCCCAUGAGAGUUUUUUGUAUUUUUGUAUUUGUCGUCGUCUUGGGUAUGUCUGCAUCAGCUUUGCACAUCUGGAUUUGGGGAUUUUCUCCCAUUCUUCCUUGCAGAUUUUCUCAAGCUCUGUUAAAUUAGAGGGGGAGUGGCGGUCAACAGCAAUCUUCAAGUCUUUCCACAGAUUUUCAAUGGGAUUCAAGUCUGAGCUUUGGCUGGGCCAUUCAAGGACUUUCAAGUUCUUAUUCUGAAGCCAUUCCAGCAUUGCUUUGGCUGUAUGCUUGGGUUCAUUAUCCUGUUGGAACGUAAAUCUUUGCACCAGUCCAAGGUCGUUUGCACUCUGAAGCAGGUUCUCAUCAAGGAUUAGCCUGUUUAGGUUCCAUUCAUUGUUCCCUCUAUCCUUACCAGUCUCCCAGUCCCUGAUGCUGAAAAGCAUCCCCAUAGCAUGAUGCUGCCCACCACCAUGCUUCACAGUAGGGAUGGUUUUAGACGGGUGAUGAGCUGUGCCUUGUUUUCUCCAGACAUGGCACUUUUCAUUCAAUCCAAAGAGUUACAUUUUUGUCUCAUCAGACCACAGCAUCUGUUGCAUUAUGAUCUCUGUCUUUCACGUGCCUUUUUAAAAACUCCAGGCGGCCCAUCAUGUGCCUUUUUCUCAGGAGUGGCUUCCGUCUGGCCACUCUACCAUAAGGUGCUGUAGAGACUGUUGUCCUUCUGGCAGGUUCUCCCAUCUCCGCCAAGGAACUCUGUAAUUCUGUCCGAGUGGUCAUUGGGUUCUUUGUCACCUCCCUGACCAAGGUCAUUCUUGCCUUGUUGCGCAGUUUGGUCGGAUGACCAGCUCUACGCAGAGUUUGCGUAGUUCCAGAUUUUUCAAUUUACCAAUGAUGGAGACCACUGAGCUCUUGGAAACUUUCAACACUUUCAAUUGUUUUAUACCCUUCCCCAGAUAUAUUCCUCAUCACAAUUCUAUCUCGGAGAUCUACGGACAGUUCCUUGGACUUCAUGGUGUAGUUUCUGCUCUGACAUACACUGUCAACUGUGGGACCUUACAUAGACAGGUGUUUCUUUCUAAAUCAUGUACAAACAAUUUGAAUUGGCCACAGGUGGACUCAAUCAAGUUGUAGUGACAUCUCAAGGAUGAUCAAAGGAAAUUGGAUGCACCUGAGCUCAAUUUAGUGUCAUAGCAAAUUGGUGUGAAUACUUACAGUAUGUAAAUAUCUGUAUUUCGUCUUUAAUACAUUUGCAAAAAUGUCUAAACAUGUUUACUUUGUCAAUUAUAGGGUAUUGUGUGUAGAUGGGUUAAAAAAUAAAAUCUAUUAAAUUCAUUUUGAAUUCGGGCUAUAACACAACAAAAUGUGGAAUAAGUCAAGGGGUAUGACUUCUUUCUGAAGGCACUGUAGUAUUUUAAUCAUAUUAAUGAAAUUGGAGCCAGUUCCCAUAUGUUCCAAGACAGACCAGAAAUAUGACCAUUCUAGCCUUAUCAAAAGCGUUUUCUUCAUUGAGCGAAAAUACAGUCCAAGGAGCUGUUGUUUCUGAUGAAGCAUCUGUAGAGGUUAUCUGAGGAUAAACACUUUCUAUCAAACCCGCUUUGGUCAGUGUGGACAAAUUUAGGUAAGUAAAUCUCGAGACGGGACAACAACAUUUUGGUAAACAGUUUAAUAUCUGUGUUUAUCAAAGAUAAGGGGCAAUAGUAAGAACACUGGGUGGCAUCCUUACUUUUUUUUCGAAAAGUGAACUUACUGUUGUAUUCACAUCUCUCCCAAAAUAACCUGUGUGAACAACUGUAUUAAUCAUUUCAAGCAAUAGUGGACCUAAUUGAUUCCAGGAGGAAUACUGUCCCAUCCAGGUGAUUUGCCUUUAUUCAUGCUAUCCAAUGCCCUUUUGAGAUCAUUGAGAGACGUGGCUUCCUCUGUUGAGAGAAGAGUUGUUAAUUAUUUUAGAAAAUACUUAGUCUGGCUUGGUAUGGCUUUACAGUUAUUUAUAGAAGCGGGAGAAUCUUUGAUUCAUUUGGGUUCUGAUAGUAAUUACCCUGUUUCAAUAGUUGCUAUAUCAGCUAAUUGAUCAAAUAAAAGAAAAGUUUAUUUGUCACAUACACGUGUUUAGCAGAUGUUAUUGCGGGUGUAAUGAAAUGCUUGUGCUUCUAGCUCCGACAGUGCAGUAAUAUUCCCAGUCACCUUGCCAUGGUUAAAUGCGGUGGUUCGCACUUUCAGUUUUGCACGAAUGCUGCCAUCUAUCCACGGUUUCUGGUUAGGGUAGGUUUUAAUAGUCACAGUGGGCACAACAUCUCCUAUACACUUCUCCUAUACACUUCCUGAUAAACUCAGUCACUGUUUCAGUGUAUUCGUUGAAAUUAUUUUCGCAAGCUACGGAACAAAUCCCAGUCCGCGUGAUCAAAACAAUCUUGAAGCGUGGAUUCCGAUUGGUCAGACCAGCGUUGAAUAGUCCUUAGCACGGUACUUCUGUUUGAGUUUCUGCCUAUAUAGGAAGGGAGGAACAAAAUGGAGUCGUGGUCAGAUUUGCCGAAAGGAGGGCAGGGAAGGGCCUUGUAAGCAUCCGGGAAGUUUGAAUAGCAAUGGUCGAGGGUUAUUUUAUUAUUAUUUAUUUUUUGCCGCGCGAGGAGAAUAGUUGAUAUGUUGAUAGAACUUCGGCAGCCUAGUCCUCAAAUUUGCUUUGUUAAAAUCCCCAGCUACAAUAAAUUCAGCCUCAGGAUAUGUGGUUUCCAGUUUGCAUAAAGUCCAGUGAAGUUCUUUGAGGGCCGUCGUGGCUUGUUGGCCAGUAAACGACUGGGACGAUUACCAUGGAAGUAAUGGUUGAGUCUUACUCAAUGGAUGGCAAAUUCUGCUCUCUGUCUUAUCAAUAAAUUAAGUGCUGUCUUGACUUUGGAAAGAGUAAUAGGUACCUGGUCUGAAAAGUGUUUGUUGAGAAUGCUCCAACACAGUUAAAAACAUUUCCACAUCUAUGUAGAACUUUUUAAAUCUAGACACAUCACUUCACAUGACCCAGCCCGCAUCCACCUAUGACUCAUCUGGUUUUACUAGUUAGGGUUUUUGUGGCUAAUCUUACGUUUAUCUCCUAGGUAUCAAGACUAAGGUGGUGGAUGUGACCAAGAAGGACCAAGUGGAAGCUCUGGCCAAGGAGUUUGACCAUGUAGAUGUGCUGUUCAAUGUUGCCGGGUAUUUUUUUUGCUUUUUCCUGUUCCUUUUUCACUUGUACUUGUAUCUUAUUUAUAUAUUAUUUGAGGGAUUGAUUCAAUUAUAUCGAUGACACACAAAAUUAAAAGUAAGAUGUGUUGCACCAUCACACAACAUUUUCCAAAAUUUCCAAAAAAAGUAGCUGGGGCACUGUCUACAUACAUUUUGAAUUUUGAGUAAACCAUUCAAAUUAUGUCUUCACAUUUUCCCUCUCCACAUACAGUAUCUGCACAAUUUCAACAGGUCACAUUUCACACUUUUUAAGACCACUGCAAAUACAAUUUAAAGGGUUACUUCGGGAUUUUGGCAAUGAAGCCCUUUAUUGGGCUCCCGAGUGGCACAGUGUUCUAAGGCACUGCAUCUCAGUGCUUGAGGCAUCACUACAGACCCCCUGGUUCAAUUCCAGGCUGUAUCACAACCGGCCGUGAUUGGGAGUCCCAUAGGGCGCCGCACAAUUGGCCCAGCGUAGUCCGGGUUUGGCCGGUGUAGGCCGUCAUUGUAAAUAAUAAUUGGUUCUUAACUGACUUGCCUAGUUAAAUAAAGGUAAAAUUUAAAUAAAAAUAAAAAUCUACUUACAUAGUCAGAUUAACUCAUGGAUACCAUUUUAAUGUAUCUGCAUUCAGUAUGAAGGAAAUUGGAGGUAGCUUUGUGAGCCAAUGACUGGAAGUCUACAGUAUCCACUAGCAUGCUAGCAGUUACCAUAGACUUCCAGGCAUUAGGCUAAUGCUCGUUAUCAAUUACGCUAAUGCUUGUUAGCAACUUCCGUCAAGCUGAUUGGGAACACCGCCAUUUUGGAUCAUCCAUGAUUGACCACUACCCAUCACCCCCUCCCAGGUUUGUCCAUCACGGCUCCAUCCUGGACUGCGAGGAGGCGGACUGGGACUUCACCAUGAACGUCAACGUCCGCAGCAUGUACCUCAUGAGCAGGGCUUUCCUGCCCAAGGUGACCAACCACCCCGCCCGCCCCUUCACUCCACCCGACCUCUGACCCCAGGAUUAAGAAACACACAGUCCUCACCAGAUGUACACUACAUGUCAAAAGUUUUAGAACACCUACUCAUUAAAGGGUUUUUCUUUAUUUUCUACAUUGUAGAAUAAUAUCAAAACUAUGAAAUAACCAAAAAAGUGUUAAACAAAUCAAAAUAUAUUUUAUAUUUGAGAUUCUUCAAAUAUCCACCCUUUGCCUUGAUGACAGCUUUACACACUCUUGGCAUUCUCUCAACCAGCUUCACCUGGAAUGCUUUUCCAACAGUCUUGAAGGAGUUGCCACAUAUGCUGAGCACUUGCUACUUUUCCUUCACUCUGUGGUCCAACUCAUCCCAAACCAUCUCAAUUGGGUUGAGGUCUGGGGAUAGUGGAGGCCAGGUCAUCUGAUGCAGCACUCUCCUUCAUGGUCAAAUAGCCCUUACACAGCCUGUGUUGGGUCAUUGUCCUGUUGAAAAACAAAUGAUAGUCCCACUAAGCCCAAACCAGAUGGGAUGGCGAAUCGCUGCAGAAUGCUGUGGUAGCCAUGCUGGUUAAGUAUGCCUUGAAUUCUAAAUAAAUCACAGACAGUGUCACCAGCAAAGCACCCCCACACCAUAACACUGCAUCCUCCAUGCUUUACGGUGGGAAAUAAACAUGCAGAGAUCAUCCGUUCACCCACACCUCAUCUCACAAAGACAUGGCGGUUGGAACCAAAGGUCUCCAAUUUGGACUCCAGACCAAAGGACAAAUUUCCACCGGUCUAAUGUCCAUUGCUUGUGUUUCUUGGCCCAAGCAAGUCUCUUCUUCUUAUUCGUGUCCUUUAGUAGUGGUUUAUUUGCAGCAAUUCGACCAUGAAGGCCUGAUUUACACAGUCUCCUCUGAACAGUUGAUGUUGAGAUGUGUCUGUUACUUGAACUCUGUGAAAGAUUUAUUUGGGCUGCAAUUUCUGAGGCUGGUAACUCUAAUGAACUUAUCCUCUGCAGCAGUGGUAACUCUGGGUCUUCCAUUCCUGUGGCGGUCCUCAUGAGAGCCAGUUUCAUCAUAGUGCUUGAUGGAUUUUGCGACUGCACUUGAAGAAACUUUCAAAGUUCUUGACAUUUUUCAUAUUGACUGACCUUCAUGUCUUAAAGUAAUGAUGGACUGUCGUUUCUCUUUGCUUAUUUGAGCUGGUCUUGCCAUAGUAUGGACUUGGUCUUUUACCGAAUAGGGCUAUCUUCUGUAUACCUUGUCACAACACAACUGAUUGGCUCAAACGCAUUAAGAAGGAAAGAAAUUCCACAAAUUAACUUUUAACAAGGCACACCUGUUAAUUGAAAUGCAUUCCAGGUGACUACCUCAUGAAGCUGUUUGAGAGAAUGCCAAGAGUGUUCAAAGCUGUCAUGAAAGCAAAGGGUGGCUAUUUGAAGAAUCUCAAAUAUAAAAUAUAUUUUGAUUUGUUUAACACUUUUUUGGUUACUACAUGAUUCCAUAUGUGUUAUUUCAUAGUUUUGAUGUCUUCACUAUUAUUCUACAAUGUAUAAAAUAGUGAAAAUAAAGAAAAACCCUUGAAUGAGUAGGUGUUCUAAAACCUUUGACCGGUAGUGUAUUUUGACAGUGAAGCUGCAGUGCCUUCAGAAAGUAUACAUACCCCUUGACUUAUUCCACAUUUUGUUACAGCCUGAAUUCAGAAUGGAUUAAAUAUAUUUUCUCACCUGUCUACACACAUUAGGGUGACAAAGUGAAAACAUGUUUUCAUUGAAAAUGAAAUUCAGAAAUAUCUAAUGUACUUAAGUAUUCACACCCACACAGUGAUUACAGCUGUGAGUCAUUUUGGGUAAGUCUCUAAGAGCUUUGCACACCUGGAUUGUACAAUAUUUGCUCAUUAUUAUUUUUAAAGAUGCACUAUACAGAAAUCGCUCCGCUAUUUCCUGGUUGCUAAAAUUCUAUCAGGUUGCCUAAUUUAAGUUUGUGACAAAACAAGCAAGUAUGUUGUAGAGAAUCACUGUACCAUCUAAACCGCUGUGAAAGUUACGUAUUGCAGCUUUAAAAUACUUUAAGCUCUGUCAAGUUGAUUGUUGAUAAUUGCUAGAUUGCCGUUUUCAAGUAGAUUUAAGUCAACUAACUAUGCCACUUGGGAACAUUCAAUGCCGUCUUGGUAUCCAACUCCAGUGUAGAUUUGGCCUUGUUUUUUAGGUUAUUGUCCUGCUGAAAGGUGAAUUUGUAUCCCAGUGUCUGUUGGAAAGCAGACUGAACCAGGUUUUACUCAAGGAUUUUGCCUGUGCUUAUAGCUGUAUUCCGUUUCUUUUCAUCCUGGAAAAACUCCCUAGUUCUUGCCGAUGACAAACAUACCCAUAACAUGAUGCAGCCACCACCAUGCUUGAAAAUAUGAAGAGUGGUACAUUGUGUUGUAUUUGCCCCAAACAUAACGCUUUGUAUUCAAGAUUUGUAUUUGCCACUUUUUUUUGCAGUGUUAAGUGCAAACAGGAAGUAUGUUUUUGAAUGUUUUUUUAUUCUGUACAGGCUUCCUUCUUUUCACACUGUCAUUUAGGUUAGCAUUGUGGAGUAACUACAAGUUGUUGAUCCAUCCUCAGUUUCUCAUAUCACAACCAUUAAACUCUGUAACUGUUUUCUUUAAAUCACCAUUGGCCUCAUGGUGAAAUCCCUGAGCAGUUUCCUUCCUCUCCGGCAACUGAGUUAGGAAGGACGCCUGUAUCUUUUUAGUGACUGGGUGUAUUGUUACACCAUCCAAAGAGUAGUUAAUAAUAACUUCACUAUACUCAGUGAUAUUCAGCAUCUGCUUUUUUUAUUUUUACACAUCUACCAAUCAGUGCCCUUCUUUGCAAGGCAUUGGAAAAACUGCCCUGGUCUUUGUGGUUGAGUCUGUGCUUGAAAUGUACUACUCUACUGAGGGACCUUACAGAUAAUUGUAUGUGUGGGGUACAGAGAUGGUAGUCAUUAAAAAAUCACGUGAACCACUAUUAUUGAACACGGAAUGAGUCCAUGCAACUUAUUAUGCGAUUUGUUAAGCCCAUUUUUACUCCUGAACUUUAUGCUUGCCAUAACAAACAGGUUGAAUACUUGACUCAUUUCAGCUAUUCAUUUUUAUAUUGAUUUUUUUUUUAAAUCUACAAACAAUUCCACUUUGACAUUAUGGGGUAUUGUGUGUAGAUCAGUUACACAAUCUCAAUUGAAUCCAUUUUAAAUUCAGACUGUAACACAACAAAAAUGUGGAAAAAGUAAAGCGGUGUGAAUACUUUCUGAAGGCACUGUAAAACAUUUAUUUUACGCCAACAUUUUGCAUUUGAAAUUAAAUGAUGAGUAUGAGGCGAAAGUACAGAAUGUCACCUUUUUUAAAGGUUUUGUCAUUUCUAUCGGUUUUAACAUUUAGAAAUAAAGGCAAUAUGUAUGAAGUGUCGUCGUCGUCCCCCCCCCCCCUUAUAGUAUGUAAAGCAAUCUAAAGUAUAGUAUUUGAUCACAUAUCCCUUGCACACUGACUGCAUCAAAGUUGUGACACUAUGGGCUCUAUUUUCAUCUGGUGUAAAGACAGCACAAUUAUCAAACGCAUGCUCGUUGGCAAUUUCGACCUGCGCUCAGCUAUUUUCAAACACUUGUGCCAGGAUUGGUACUGUAAUUUACCUGUCUUUUAAUGAGCUCGCUUGUGAUGUUGACUGUUAACACUCCAAACAUAUUAAGCAAACACUGGAUGUGGGGUUUUGGGGGGGUGUAUUACUCAUUACUGUAGCCUAUGCUAUUUAAUUAACUGUAUCAGUCCACAAUGGACUAGGAUGAGAAUAUUCUGUGCCCCCAGCUGAAUUGGAGUUGAUGACAUCACAAAAAUGCAGCAUGAAACACGUUGCUUGGCCAGUGAGGGGCCAAGCCCUCGUCACACCUUCAAAUAAUUACUUCAUCAAAACCCAGCCCUUUCACGCAACCACCAGUUAUUGCGCCCAUAAUUCUGGUUGUGUUGACAGUCAACAUUGUUGUAAUGGCUUCAACGAUGCCUUUACGCAUCGCACUUGUCCUCAGAUAAAAAAUACUAAGCUCCCAUAAAUUGUAUUGUAUGUGUGAAGCACGUUCUUAAUAAGCAAGAUAUAGCCGAGGCCUACCGUUGAUAUGGUGUUAUAGAACAGAAAAUGUUGAGUAGCCUAUGUUUGGAGGAGCAUGUCUUUGUUAACCGGACAAGAGGCGCUCUUUGGAUAGGGGGAUGGAUACAAGCCAAAUGGAACACAAAUAGUCUAACCAUAAAUUAUUUCUCAAUGGUCUACUCGUGACUCUUUUGCUGACAUGCUUUUGUAUUAAGCCUACUGUAUGUGAAUUUUGACAAGCAUGUCGGCAAAAGCGCCACAAGUAGACCAUUGAAAAAACAAUUUAUGGAUAGGCUAUUUGUGCAUGGCCAGGAUAAGAAUGACACCAGACACAUUGCUGCUGAACCAGCUUUCGUUAUAGUAGGAUAAGGGUUUUUCAAUGAAAGGAAACAGAAAACAAGAUUGUUACAGGAAAAUAACUUAAAUGUUUCUAAAUACGAAUCACCGGAUUAUCUCAUCUCUCGUUCCAUGAUGGGCAUAUAGCCUACAUGGAGGGAUUUUGAUGUACAUCCAAAAUAAUUUAACAUUUUAGUAAUUUAGCAGACUUUCUUACAGUGCCUUGCAAAAGUUUUCAUCCCCCUUGGCGUUUUUCCUAUUUUGUUGCAUUACAACCUGUAAUUUAAAUGGAUUUAUAUUUGGAUUUCAUGUAAUGGACAUACACAAAAUAGUCCAAAUUGUUGAAGUGAAAGGAAAAAAAUAUCUGAAACUUUGAACAUCCCACGGAGCACCAUUUAAAUCCAUUAUUAAAAAAUUGAAAGAAUAUGGCACCACAACAAACCUGCAAAGAGAGGGCCGCCCACCAAAACUCACAGACCAGGCAAGGAGGGCAUUAAUCAGAUAGGCAACAAAGUGACCAAAGAUAACCCUGAAGGAGCUGCAAAGCUCCACAGCGAAGAUUGGAGUAACUGUCCAUAGGACCACUUUAAGCUGUACACUCCACAGAGCUGGGCUUUACGGAAGAGUGGCCAGAAAAAAGCCAUUGCUUAAAGAAAAAAAUAAGCGAACACGUUUGGUGUUCGCCAAAAGGCAUGUGGGAGACUCUCCAAACAUAUGGAAGAAGGUACUCUGAUCAGAUGAGACUAAAAUUGAGCUUUUUGGCCAUCAAGGAAAACGCUAUGUCUGGCGCAAACCCAACACCUCUCAUCACCCCGAGAACACCAUCCCCACAAUGAAGCAUGGUGGUGGCAGCAUCAUGAAGGAAUGAUGGAUGGCGCUAAAUACAGGGAAAUUCUUGAGGGAAACCUGUUUCAGUCUUCCAGAGAUUUGAGACUGGGAUGGAGGUUCACCUUCCAGCAGGACAAUGACCCUAAGCAUACUGCUAAAGCAACACUCAAGUGGUUUAAGGGGAAACAUUUAAAUGUCUUGGAAUGGCCUAGUCAAAGCCCAGACCUCAAUCCAAUUGAGAAUCUGUGGUAUGACUUAAAGAUUGCUGUACACCAGCGGAACCCAUCCAACUUGAAGGAGCUGGAGCAGUUUUGCCUUGAAGAAUGGGCAAAAAUCCCAGUGGCUAGAUGUGCCAAGCUUAUAGAGACAUACCUCAAGAGACUUGCAGCUGUAAUUGCUGCAAAAGGUGGCUCUACAAAGUAUUGACUUUGGGGGGGUGAAUAGUUAUGCAUGCUCAAGUUUUCAGUUUUUUUGUCUUAUUUCUUGUUUGUUUCACAAUAAAACAUAUUUUGCAUCUUCAAAGUAGUAGGCAUGUUGUGUAAAUCAAAUGAUACAAACCCCCCCCAAAAUAUAUUUUAAUUCCAGGUUGUAAGGCAACAAAAUAGGAAAAAUGCCAAGGGGGGUGAAUACUUUCGCAAGCCACUGUAUCCAGACCAACUUACAGGAGCGAUUAGGGUUAAGUGCCUUGCUCAAGGGCACAGACAGAUUUUUCAGCUAGUGGCCUGGUUAAUGGCCCAAUGCUCUUAACCGCUAGGCUACCUGCCAGGUUCUGGAUAAAAUUAUGUCAUAGCCUACAUUGAUAAAAAGGGGAUGUCUGCUCACUGUCUUGCUGCUGCCAAACUUAAUCUUUCAAACUUAACCUUUCAAUAAAGCUUUUGUGAUUAUUAUUUAUUUCAAAGCGGUCUCACGAGCCACGCCCUUUAUCGAUAGUUUUGACUUCUUGGUCCUCUGUAGCUCAAUUGGUAGAGCAUGGCGCUUAUAACGCCAGGGUAGUGGGUUUGAUCCCCGGGACCACCAAUACGUAAAAAUGUAUGCACACAUGACUGUACGUCGCUUUGGAUAAAAGCGUCUGCUAAAUGCCAUAUUAUUAUUAUUAUUAUUAUUAUUAUUAUUAUUAUUAUUACUUCUUGGCGAAUGUAUUUGGCAUGACCAAGGCGUUCGUGUAGGGGCGUUCCUUGUAGUUACUGCAGCAGAUAUUGUUGCGGAAACCUGCCCAAGAUGUGUAUACUGUAGCAUAGUGUCUUAUUAGUAAGUUAUCUACUAUGUAGACUUAAUAAUUAAACAUUUUGAAAUAUAUAGAUAAAUUGUCUUUUAAAUUAGAUAACUUACUUUUAGAUAACACUCUCCUGUUGAUCAACUAUUUCUUUCUCAACUCAGAUGUUGGCCAAGAAGUCUGGGAAUAUCAUUAACAUGGCUUCUGUGGCCUCCAGUAUAAAAGGUAAGGAUGUGAUUAUUUUUUAUACUGAACAAAAAUAUAAACGCAACAUGCAACAAAUUUGUGCACAACAUUUGAGAGAAGAUUUUUGUGCGUAUGGAAAAUGUCUGUGAUCUUUUAUUUCAGCUCAUUAAACAUGGGACUAACGCUUUACAUCUUGCGUUUAUAUUUUCGUUCAGUGUGUGUAUAUAUACUGUAUAUAAUAUGGUAUGGUAAUUCAUCAUGAACAUCCAAUGAAAUCUGGUCACAGUCCAUGUCCACACUAUCGAAUCCUCUGACUAUGUAUUUAGUCAAGCAAAACUUUUGUGGGUGCGUGUGUUCCCUCCAUAGGUGUGGUGAAUCGAUGCGUGUACAGCACCUCCAAGGCUGCUGUCAUUGGGCUCACCAAAUCUAUAGCAGCCGAUUUUCUCGAGCAAGGAAUUCGCUGUAACUGUGUAUGUCCUGGUAAGCACUGCACCCUACAUUCCUAAAAUCGGAUUAACGUGCCUUUCCUUUUUAAUCAUGACUCAAGGACAGCAUGAUCUGUGUUAGAUUAUAACACAAACACUGCUUACAGGCCCUGCUUACAGGCAUGCUACACUGGACAGGUAACUUUUGCCAUGCAUGAUACGCUCCCAUUUAUUUCAAUGAAACCCGGUCAUAAGCAGUGUGGCUCCGCGAGUGGCUCGCACUGCUCAGUUUAAAAUUACGCUCUGGUUCUAUUUUCAAGAAUUUUACAUGCCGCUCACGCCCGAGACAAGUUCGCAGUACAGAGAUGUCUCCCUGUGAAAAGUGUAUUGCUUUUGUUUAAUCAUUGUGAUGUACCAUACACUGUAUAAAGAAUAGUGAUUAUGUACAAAAUGUAUGUGUCCUUUCUGCUAAACAGGGACCGUGGACACCCCGUCUCUGAGGGGGAGAAUCCAGGCUCAGCCUAAUCCAGAACAGGUACUCUCUACCUUCCACAACUACUGUCAUAUAUUGUUUUAGUGUAUAACAGGACAGCCUAAAAUAAGCUCCCAGUGCACCAUAUGUCUGUGCGUAAAUGAAUAAUCAUUAACUGAUUUCUGUCAAUGUUGCAUGUACCAACACUGCCUAUAUUCGAUGGCUAUUUUACGUGCCCCUUUUAACCCACAGUGGCAAAAGCUCCAUUAGAAAGAGAAUUAUGCCAAUAGUAAUUCUAUUUCUAUGAUCUAUGUCCUGCUUAAUCUCUGCAGGCCCUAAAAGACUUCAUGGCGAGACAGAAGACAGGACGAAUGUGCACUGCCGAGGAGGUGGCACACCUCUGUGUCUACCUGGCCUCAGACGAGGUGAGUGCAUUCCAUGGUCUGCAGCGCCCACAGCAAAAAAAGUAUCAAUGUUGGGUUAAUGUUUUAUUUGUGUUACCGUGCUAACCACUGGGUGCUAAGUGACAACUAAUGUAGCCGGGGUUUAGUUAUAUUCUUUUCUUCAACAAUUUAUUUGAAACAUCUUUUAAGCUAAGUUGUUAUGAUAUUUUCGCCCUUAUGACAUAGCAUCCAAGUAAGUGUAACUGUUUAUUCCACCUCCCUCUAGUCUGCCUAUGUCACCGGAACUGAGCAGAUCAUUGAUGGAGGAUGGAGGCUC